AUGCAACGUCUCGCCUUCCAACUCAUCGACCGUCUUCAUCUCCUGUCCGAUGAGGGCCAACUCUUCAAGCUGCUCAAUGGCCUGGCAGCCGACUUUCUCAAGGACUACGAACAUCGCGAGCUAACUUGGUUAAGGGGCAUACCAUCAGUCUUCAUCACAUUCUGGCGAAACUUUAGGAUGUUUGAGUCGAACGCUGGAACUGAUCUAAAACUGGCUGCGGGGCGUGAUCGGGCGCUGGCGACCGGAGCCGCUGUGCCUGACUCCGAUCCCACGGAAUGA